AUUUAUCAGCCUACCAUCUGUGACAAAAAAAAUCUUCUUAAAGUUGUGUAGCCCACGGCACAAACAACAUAAGGCAAAAUCCGCACCGCCCCGCCCCGCCCCGUUGCCAUCCCUAAAAGAGAGUAACCAUUAACUAGUUAGCAGUAUAAAACUCAUUCAUGGCGAUAUUUUCCUUCUUCUUCGUCCUAAUUUCUCUCUUAUCCUCAUUGCAAAUCCAAGCCAGAGACAGUCAAUUCUACAACAGUAACCUUAUUCCUAACAACAAGUACCUUCCCAAGGUCACCAAUUUCGUUGAACCAUCUGGUAACAAUGAUUACUACUACACCAACAACAAUCAGCAGCAAAUGGACAAAGGCUACACCACCACCUCCACCUCAACCAGCAACCCAACUAACACAAAAGAUUAUCCCUACAAGAAUGGUGGAAAAAGUCACGACUACAACAAUAGAUAUAUGCUAAGUGAGGAACAUGAGAAUUUUCGGACCUAUCAUGGCAACGAAGACGAUUACAACGAUGAAGAGGAGCCACACAUGCCUUGAGCUUAUUUUUAAUAUUUCAAUAGUUUUAAGUUAAUACAUGAGAUGAGUUGCAAUCGUCAUUAGUAUUUCAGUUUUCAGUUUUCAGUUUUGUUUUAGUGGGUGAAAUAUUAAUCUGUUUUAAGUUGUAUGCGCUAUAGUGUAAAUGACUAUCAGAUAAAAGUGACCUACAACAAUUGGUUAUUUUCUA